AGCAGCAUGGAGGGACCCUGGGUAGGCACCUGGAGACCUCAUCCCCGACGGGGCCCAAUCCUUGCAGAGUUCAGCACCCCGGGUCCCAAGUACUGGCUGCCUGGGACAAUAGGUCACACGGCUCAUGAUCCCACCAAAUACAGAGCCCCUGCAUACACAUUUCGAGGGUCCAAAGGUCCCGCCACAGACAGCUGCUCACCGGGUCCUCGGUACCUCAUCCAUUCAUCCAUCACCAAGAUUGGGAAGCAUGUGGCUCCAUCACCACUUGUGACGUCCCGUCCCAAGACCAAGAUUGCGGUCACCCCUGGACCCAGUGACUAUACCACGGAACAUGCUAACAGACACAUCUACUAUACGGCACCAGUGCAGAGCAUGGUGUUCCGGCCCAAGGACUUAAAACCUUUCCAAACGCCAGGUCCCGGCACCUAUACCCUGCCCAGGAUUCUGGGACCCAACACAAUCUGUACCCAUGCCAACCCAUGCUACUCCAUGGUAGGGAAGAGUCAAUACAUGAGUGCUUUUAGAGACCUGGCAAAGACGCCAGGUCCUGCAGCAUUUGGCAGGGUGGAAAUGGACAUCUACAAAACAAGGGCUCCCAAGUACACAAUGGGACUAAAAACCAAACUUAUUGGCAAGGGUAUGUUUCCAGGUCCAGCAGACUACAGCCUGGGAAAGCUGUCGCUGACCAAGGCUCAGGAACCUGCUUACACUUUUGGACUCCAACAUUCUGUCUACAAAGCCUCUUUAAUACCUGAAACACAUCUUGAAUAA